CUGACCCACCCAAGCCAAGCCGGGUGACUACAAGGUUAGCCUGCAGAGCGACAGCUACGCAGCAGCCACAAAAACCUGAAGCAGCGGACCUGUCGCUCGGAGACCGGGACGUUUGGGAACAGCCCUCUGCGGAGAUGACAGGGGACAUGGGAGAACCAAGACGGCAAGAGAAGGCCACCCAGGAGGGACACAUCUGGGGCUCCAUGAGGAGGACAGCUCUCAUCCUGGGCUCCGGGCUGCUCUUGUCUGUGGCCUUCUGGAACUCGGUCACAUGGCAUCUUCAGACAUUUUGGGGUGCUUCCGGCUACUUUUGGCAGACCCAGUGGGAGAAGCUGCUGUCCACAUUUGAAGGCAACAAGUUAUUCCUGUUCAUUAUAGGUGCCGCCCUCAUGCCUGUGCUGUGCUUCUGGGGUUUCAACGGCCUCCUGCUGCUGGUGGACACAACAGGGAAACCCACCUUCAUCUCCCGCUACCGCAUCCAACUUGGGAAGAAUGAACCUGUGGACCCCGUGAAGCUACGUCAGGCUAUCCGCACAGUUCUUUUCAACCAGACUAUGAUCUCUCUGCCCAUGCUGGUCGUCUUCUAUCCUUUCUUCAAGUGGAGGAGAGACCCCUGCUCUCGAGAGCUGCCUACCUUCCACUGGUUCCUCGUGGAGCUGGCCCUUUUCACCCUUGUAGAGGAAAUCUUGUUCUACUACUCACACCGGCUCCUUCACCACCCAAAGUUGUACAAGAUUCACAAGAAACAUCAUGAAUGGACAGCACCCAUUGGUGUGACGUCAAUCUAUGCUCACCCUAUAGAACACGUGGCUUCCAACAUGAUACCAGCUAUGGUGGGUCCUCUAGCAAUGGGCUCCCAUUUGUCCUCCAUCACUGUGUGGUUUUCCCUGGCUCUCAUCAUCACCACCAUCGCCCACUGUGGCUAUCACCUGCCCUUUCUGCCUUCACCUGAGUUCCAUGACUACCACCAUCUCAAGUUCAACCAGUGCUAUGGGGUGCUGGGGGUGCUGGACCACCUACAUGGGACUGAUGUCAUGUUUAAGCAGACCAAGGCCUAUGAGAGACAUGUCAUCCUGCUGGGCUUCACCCCACUUUCAGAGAGCAUUCCUGAUCCUCCGAAGAAAAUAGAGAGUCUACUCGGACCAUCCAGGCUGUUCCCUCACAAAUACAAGUCGCUCAGAAGGAACAAUGACAGCCUGCUGGAGCUUCUCAACUGACGUGCACUCUAGCUCCUGUGCUUUAGCCUGUGUGCAAACUGGGGCUGAGCUCCAGGACUGCCCAUCUUGGGGAAGACCCAAGUCAGUUGCUCUCUAAACCCAAAUCACAGUCUUCUCCCCACAACCAUGAGCUUUACAAAACAUGGACAAAGGGCAGGUCCAUCUUCCCUCACAUGGUAAAUCAAUGGUGAACAGGCUCAGGGAAUACUAGAGCAAUAGGGUUUCUCCAGUAAAGUUCUGCCAGGCCCCUACUCUGGCAGCAGUUAGGAGCCCCAAGAUCCCGAGACCUUGGCAUCAAAGUUGGCUCUGGAAGGCUGCCACCAUCACCAUUUGUCAAAUUUCAGCACAACCGUGAUCUUAUAUUUUCAGGUCAAGGUCAAUCAAGAAAACUCCCCAUUACAAAGUAAAAUAAGACAGCUGGGUAGUUUGUGUGUAGUCCCAGCUGCUCAGAACUUAGGCCCAGUUCAGAGCCAGCCUGCACAACAGAGUGAAACCUGAAGGUCUGAUGGACCAGCUCUUCGGAACCAAAUACAGAACAGGGCUUCAUCCCAUGGCACUGAGGUCCACACGAGGCUGGGCUUGCUGGCAACUGAGUACCUCCUCUGAGUACCACCACCUCUGACCUUGUGCCCUCAUAUUCCUUCAAGCACCAAGCCAUUCCCCAACCCCAGCAUCGUCGAAAGAUGGCAGCCGAGAAAUGAUCUCUGCAUUAUCAUCAAAAGGGGCAGGGACAAGAAGUCAGGAAAUGGACACUGUGAGGUGCUGUCAAGGGUACAUGGCUUGUCCCUGGCAAAGAAGCAUGUAAAUAAAGCCUCCUUUUAACUCCA